AUGUUUAAAUUAUUUGAAUUCGAUGAAGAAGAUUCUCACGAGUGGAGUUCUUCAAAUUCUUCCUUCUCCUCCUUCUCCUCCUCAUCGUCGUCGUCAUUGAUUAAAAGCAUUCCUCACAAAAGGUCUAACAAGUGGUCGACACCUCAUGUCACAUUGCAACAAGAUGAAGUAGAAUAUGGUCAUGAAGAAGAGAAUUCUCGAAUUAAUCUCUUAUUUGCGUUACCUAAGGAUGUUUGGACUGAAAUAUUUUCCUUUUUAAGCACGCAUGAAAAGUUGACACAACACGUUUUCAUUUGCAAGUCUCUUUAUUCAUGUGUUUAUCAAUCGAUUACCUCAUUGAAAUUAAUUGGAAUUGAGGCAACCAAGGAAUCAACCACGGCUCAACAACUGACGGCGAGAAAUGCUUACUCGGACGAUGACAAGUGGCUGAUGAUGCCAGAUGUCAGUCCUUCUCCGUCAACCUCUGUGACCUCUAAUUCCCAAGCAAAAUCUCUAUCGUAUGCUUCCAGAGUGUCGAGUUUGAGAAGAAUGAAACAAUCAAGACACGACAUGUGUUCAUCGUCCUCUAGUAAUUUAACAAGCUUGUCAGAUGUCUACAAGAACGAACAACUUCUUAACGAGAACCCUCUCGUUCGCAUUCUUGAACCAUUUUCCAAAUUGACUCAUUUAAGCAUUGAAUUUUCAAAAGCUCUCACUGGUGAAGUUCUUUCAUUGAUCCUCAACAAAUUUUCCCAUCUUGAAUCGUUGUCUCUCAUUCACUGUAACGAACUAAAAUUCAUUCACAUCACCUUCCCAAUGGAAGUUUGUAGUCAUUUGAGAAAGUUGGAGAUCCGUGACUGCCGUAAUAUUCAAGAAUAUUCUGGAGGCAUCAAAAUUGAUUGUCACUUACUGAAACAUUUAACCAUUACAAGUACUCCAUGUGUGCAAGAUCGAUUUUUGUCCGAUCUCAUCGAGAGAAAUGCAAGCUCAUUAGAAACUAUUUCAAUAUUUGGUUUGAAUGACUUCUCCAAUUUGUGUAUGGGAAAAAGAAUGAGCAAACUUGAAUCGUUGUCACUCCAACGAUGUAAGAAUUUUUCCAAAUUUCACCUCCCCAUCAAACAAGUGUGUACUGUAUUUCCUGUUCUUAAGGAACUAGAUCUCAGCCACACUAAAUUCAACGACAACAGUUUUAAGGCAUUGACUCAUGAACAGCGAUUGGAUCGUCUUCAAGUUUUGACAUUGGAAGGAUGUAAACAACUCAAAAAACCAACCUUUGGAGUUUGUAAAUCCCUUCACACAAUGAUUUUCGAUCUUUGUAUCGACUUGGAAGAUGUCACCAUUCCAUCCGGUCACUGUCCAUCUCUUCGAAAUCUCAGUGUGAACAAUACAAGAAUUAACGACAAGGCUCUCGAAAGAAUUUUCAAUUUUGGUAACAACAGAGGAAUACCCAUCGAGGAAUAUCAAAAUGGAUUGGCGUCGCCUCCGAUUAGCAAACUUUCCGCAAAGAAAUGCAAGUCAAUUUUCAAUCCAAAAAUUACAUCGUAUCACUUGGAAGAACUCGAUCUUAACGGAUGCUUUAAUUGUUCCUCGGUGAAAGUUGUGGAUUUGAGCAAACAAUCACUCAAGAAAAUGAAUUUGGGAUGGACUAAAAUAUCAGAUGAGGAUUUGAACAGAAUUGUGACGACUUGUCCUUCGUUGACCGAGUUAUCACUCAACACGUGUGACAAUUUGGUGAAUCCUCAUAUUGAAUCACAAUCUCUGAGGAAGAUUUCAUUUACUGGAGCACACUUUUUGCAUAAUCCUGUAUUCAAAUUUUGUGACAAGUUGCAGCAUAUUGAUUUCAGAAAUUGUGACAAUUUAGAAAGCCCAACGUUGGUGCGGAAAAAGAGAGUAAAAACUCAAGAACGCAUUAGCUACAAUGUUGCGAGAAGACUUAACUUUGAUGAGUGUUUGCCAUCUGCAAGUAAUAACAGGUCCAAUGAAAGCCAAUCGUCCUCGUCCACACCAAUGCAAAAACACACUCCAAUUUUGGAAACCCAGGAGGAUGACAAUGAUUACUGUCCAUCACCAAAUAUGCUGCAUCCAAAAAUGAAAGUGAUCGAAGAAGAAGAUGACCUCUCUGACAGUAGAUUUUGA